AUGUCUUCGUAUUAUAAACCCAAGUGGCAUGCUAUCAGUUGUUACCUCGAAGUCUUACCGAAAGGAGCCAUUCCCGGCGUCACUCAACGGGUCAUCACAGACGUACAGGACGGAGGUCACAGACUGGUUGAAAUAUUCCAGGAUUCAAAUGACACUGUCCUUGGCUGCAAUGCUCUUGGGAGCAAGAAUCUAAUUGACACCGUACUGGACGUCAUACCAGAAGAUAUGGCAAUGAAAGUAACAAAAGACGAAAUGCAGUACUUCUUGGACUUGUGCGACAAUCGGGACGAAAACGUCCAGCAGGGUCCGAUUCAAUCAAUUUUUGACUUCAUCGCCACGACUUUAAAAAGUCUCCUUAUAUUCCCAGGGACGAAGUGGUGUGGAGCAGGAGAUGUCGCCAAGAACUACGACGACCUUGGGAGGGAGAGAGCAACGGACGUGUGCUGUCGUGAUCACGACCAUGCGCCCGAUAGCCUCGCGCCUUUUGAAACGGAGCACGGCAUCACCAAUGUCAUGCUCUACACAAUGACGAACUGCGAGGACGACUGCAAGCUGUAUAACUGCUUGCUGAAGGUGAACAGCCUGGCAGGUAAUGCCAUGGGAACAAUCUUCUUCGACACCCUUCGAACCGACUGCUUUGCAUACGGUUACCCAGACAAAUGCGUUAGCCGCAAUUUGAUUUCCAUUCCUUUGCUGGCCAAGUCUUGCAAGGAGUACGAACCGGACACCUCCAAGUCACGAAAGUGGCAGACUUACCCGCAACCCAGUUAUUCGGGGGCGGACAACCCGAGAAAUUGCUCGCAGUAUAACUAG